AAUCAAUCCACGUCAACGUUUCCUCUGCGAGCGUCCAACAUCAACCAUUAAACAACCUUGCUUGCGAACUUCAAUUCGAGACCCUCAAUCCCUAUCAGCAACUUUCGACAGCACAACCGAUAUAUCAUGGCUGGCCCAUCUGCCUCCCCUAUCUGGGUCUCUCAACUCGAGAGCCCUCCCGCUGCCAAGUCCAAGCAAUCUGGCGUUCAGGAUCCUCCUGGUUUUAGCUCCGGAACAACCGUCACCAACUCCAAGAAGAACAAGGAUGCUGUCAAGGUUCAGCCCCGCAAGCCCCCGACUACCGCCGAGAUGGAAACCUUGAAGCUCAAGAAGGCCUGGGAAGUCGCGCUGGCUCCUGUUAAAGGUCUUCCCAUGACCGCCAUCAUGAUGUACAUGUCGGGCAACUCUCUCCAGAUCUUCAGUAUCAUGAUGGUCUUUAUGGCAUUCAAGAACCCUUUGAUGGGCUUGAUGAACACGAACCAGGCCUUCGAACGCUUCCAGUCAGACUCUCUUUCCUCCCAAUUAUUGCAGGUCAAGUUUGUGUAUGUGGUAUGCCAGCUGGUUGCGCUUGGUGUCGGAAUUUGGAAGAUCAAUGCCAUGGGUCUAUUACCAACAACACGAUCCGACUGGCUGAUGUGGGAGGCGCAAAGAGAGCCUCUGGAGUUCGCUGUGGCAGCUUUAUAACCUGUCUAUUGAUACGAUAAAUGACU